AAAGAAAAUUUGUACAUUUGGCAACGUAGUAAAAUCGAGCAGAAUUUAGUGGCGCCGGGGGCGUAUCAAGUUGCUGUCAAUUUUCUGUCAUUUUUUCCAUCUUACUCCAAUUGUACAGCAACAAGCCACAAUGACGGAUUCCAAAUAUUUCACUACCACCAAAAAGGGUGAAAUAUUUGAGCUUAAAUCUGAACUCAACAAUGACAAGAAAGAGAAAAAGAAAGAAGCUGUCAAGAAGGUCAUUGCUUCAAUGACUGUUGGAAAGGACGUCUCGGCCUUGUUCCCUGAUGUUGUGAACUGCAUGCAGACUGACAACUUGGAAUUGAAGAAACUUGUCUACUUGUAUCUAAUGAAUUAUGCCAAAAGUCAGCCAGACAUGGCUAUCUUGGCAGUCAACACAUUUGUAAAGGAGCUAACGACAUCUCCGAUGACAAAGGAUUGCGAGGAUCCAAAUCCAUUAAUUCGAGCGUUGGCUGUUCGCACAAUGGGAUGUAUUCGUGUCGAGAAGAUCACGGAGUACCUUUGUGAACCACUGAGAAAAUGCCUCAAGGAUGAAGAUCCAUACGUGCGAAAAACAGCAGCUGUUUGUGUCGCGAAACUUUAUGAUAUCAAAGCAUCGCUUGUCGAGGAUCAAGGAUUUCUUGAUCAACUGAAGGAUCUUCUCUCCGACAGUAAUCCAAUGGUCGUAGCAAACGCAGUUGCAGCCCUGUCGGAAAUUAAUGAAGCAAGUCCCAGUGGUCAGCCACUUGUGGAAAUGAACGCACAAACGAUAAAUAAACUACUGACAGCUUUGAACGAAUGCACAGAAUGGGGCCAGGUCUUUAUACUCGAUUCGCUAGCAAAUUAUUCACCGAAGGACGAUCGUGAGGCACAAAGUAUUUGCGAGAGAAUUACACCACGUUUGGCGCACGCGAACGCUGCGGUUGUGCUUUCCGCUGUUAAGGUUUUGAUGAAACUAAUGGAAAUGUUGCAAUCCGAAUCAGACUUUGUGGGAACGCUUACGAAGAAAUUGGCACCGCCUCUAGUAACUCUUCUCAGUUCGGAACCGGAAGUUCAAUAUGUCGCUCUGAGAAAUAUCAAUCUGAUUGUUCAGAAGAGACCGGAUAUUCUGAAGCACGAGAUGAAAGUGUUUUUCGUCAAAUAUAAUGAUCCAAUUUAUGUGAAACUGGAGAAAUUAGACAUCAUGAUUCGUCUGGCGUCACAGGCCAAUAUUGCGCAGGUUCUCUCUGAAUUGAAGGAAUAUGCAACCGAGGUCGAUGUUGAUUUCGUGAGAAAAGCCGUCCGAGCAAUUGGACGUUGCGCAAUUAAAGUUGAACCAUCAGCCGAGAGAUGUGUCUCCACUUUAUUAGAUCUGAUCCAAACGAAGGUGAAUUACGUGGUACAGGAGGCGAUUGUCGUGAUAAAGGAUAUUUUCAGAAAAUAUCCAAACAAAUACGAGAGUAUAAUUUCGACUCUCUGUGAAAAUCUCGAUACACUUGAUGAGCCAGAAGCGCGAGCAUCUAUGAUUUGGAUUAUUGGCGAGUACGCUGAACGAAUUGAUAAUGCUGAUGAAUUGCUCGAGAGUUUCUUGGAAGGCUUCCACGAUGAGAAUACUCAAGUUCAAUUGCAAUUACUUACGGCUAUUGUUAAAUUAUUCCUGAAACGGCCCACCGAUACACAAGAAUUGGUGCAACAAGUUCUCAGUUUGGCAACACAAGACUCUGAUAAUCCUGAUUUACGUGAUCGUGGAUUUAUUUACUGGAGGUUACUCAGCACUGAUCCCGCGGCAGCUAAAGAAGUUGUACUCGCUGAAAAGCCAUUAAUUUCGGAGGAAACGGAUCUUCUUGAACCAACAUUAUUGGAUGAGUUAAUUUGUCACAUAUCGAGUUUGGCUUCGGUUUAUCAUAAACCACCAACUGCUUUCGUUGAGGGUAGAACUGCUGGUGCUAGAAAAUCACUUCCGGCAAGGAGCAAUUCUAACGAGGACGCGGUGCAAAGAACUCACAGUCAGGCUCAAGUUAUUCCAUCGCAGGAUUCGUUGAUUGGCGAUUUACUCAGUAUGGAUAUUAGUGGACCAACAGUUACGCCAGCUGCACCGGCAUCCCAAACUGGAUUGGGUUUGGAUCUCCUGGGCGGUGGUUUGGAUGGAAUUUUGGGAGGAACAGAAAGUGCGCCGGCUCCUGUUGUUUCCCAGACGACAACCGGACUCUUGGGAGAUAUAUUCGGUUAUACACCAGCACCGACAUCGUACGUGGCGCCUAAAGUAAAUUGGCUACCAGCCGAGAAGGGAAAGGGCUUUGAUAUCUGGGGUACUUUUUCGAGAAAGAAUGGACAGAUAAGCAUGGAUAUGACAUUUACGAACAAAGCAAUGCAACCAAUGGGUGGCUUUGCUAUUCAAUUGAAUAAGAACAGUUUUGGCUUAUCUCCAGCGUCGCCUCUGCAAGUAGCAAGUCCUUUGGCACCAGGCUCCAGUAUAGAAGUCAGCGUUUCCCUGUCAACUGCUGGUCCCAUACAGCGUAUGGAGCCACUUAAUAACCUUCAAGUUGCCAUCAAAAAUAAUAUCGAUGUAUUUUAUUUCGCUUGUCUCGUUCCAAUGAACGUCUAUUUCACUGAAGAUGGUCAACUCGAUAAACGUGUUUUCCUAUCGACGUGGAAAGAUAUCCCCGCACAAAAUGAGGUUCAGGAUACUUUAACCGGUGUGAUGCUCACUGCAGAUCAAGUUGUCCAAAAAAUGCAGCAAAGUAACGUUUUUACAAUUGCAAAAAGAAACGUGGAAGGUCAAGAUAUGCUCUAUCAAUCACUCAAAUUAACAAAUAACGUUUGGGUUCUAAACGAAUUGAAAAUUCAACCUGGAAAUCCAGACGUCACAUUGUCUCUAAAAACAAGAUCUGUUGAAGUUGGUGCUGGUGUAUUCCAGGCAUACAAUGCAAUCUUACACUCUUAAGUUGCAAAAAAGCAUUCCUCGAGUUGUUAUAUUUUCAACUUGUAUAAAUUUAA